AUGUCUUCCAGUGUCGACAGCUGCAGUGGAAGCGGCGAGGAUCUUCGGGAGGUUAGGGAUGGUCGGCAUGCGGUUCAGAUAUCGGGCCACACGCCAGCGCAGAGUCCGGCGGAAAUGAUCAAAACGGCGAGCACGCAGUGUUCCAGUGUGUCCUUGCCGACCAACAUCAAUGAGGCAAUGGACAAUUCUGUGUCACAUCCGGUGACGAGUAUCAUCCCUGUUGACGUGGUGAUUGCGCUGUACGAUUUUGUGCCGGUGAAUAACAGCUCGUCGAAGAACAGCCAGCUGUCGCUGCAGCAGGGUGACACGAUUUAUGUUCUGAACAAGAACGAGUCCGGUUGGUGGGACGGCAUAUAUAUCGAUUCGUACAAUCGAGUUAACAGGGGCUGGUUUCCUCACACCUAUUCGAGAUCUCUGAACCACUCACAGCAGCAGCAGCUACAGUAUCGGCAGAAACAACAGCAGCAACAGCAGCAACAGCAUCAGCAGCAGUCACAGAAACAGCAGGUAUCAAAACAGCAGCAGCAGCAGCAGCAGCAUCCACAGCAAACACCGCAGCAUAUUUCUACGGCUAGUGGUAAACGGCGCUCUCAAGUGAGGCAUAAUUUGUCAACCCAUGGUAUCAGAAGAAGCAGCCUGCCACAGCAGCCCGUGCCACAGGCCUCGCCUAUUCACAGGCGAUCGAGUUUGUCAACAGGAAGUCCUUCAAGACAGUUGUUUGCUCCCCAUAACUCAUUUCAACAGAUCCAGGCCAAAUCACAUGGCCUGCGUCAAUGUUCUCCUUCUCCUUCACAGUCUUCAUCCGUUGGGUCAAUAUCUAUUUCUCCCUUCAGUUACGAGUUCAACUUUAAUGAUACCCAGCAUGUAAAUAGAAUUGGUAGCGAUAUUGCUUCAGCUUCACAAACGAGGUACAAUUCUCUUUCAGGUCCGUCUUCAAGUGCAGGUUCACAUAUGGGUUCCAUAGCCGGAUCGAAUCCGCGUUAUAACAAAGCCCAGCAUUUCCAGCAACAACAAGCUACUGAACAAAGUCAUCAUGAAAAAAUUAAUAUCCUAUCUCUUGAAGAAAUUGAAAUGAUCUUUAAUAGUUUGCAUACAGAGAUUCCGCCCAUUUGGUCUCCGAUUCCGGCAAGUACGAUGGAUAAGGUCGUUUACUACAACAAAAACUUUGAUAUUUAUUGCAGUCAAUUACCCCUAAUAGCGAAUUCAUCAUUGGACAGCUCAAGUGAUUUCAAGACCGAUGAUAAUCUAAUUGAUCUUUCUCCCAGAGAUUUACAAGAUUCAUCUAAAUCUAUUGACAGCAAAACGUUCAAAUUGGCCCCGACUUAUAACAGCCGUAAUUCGAUAGCUUCCAAAAACUCUUCACUAUCAUCAUCCACUCAGAUGCAAGCCAAGGACAUGCGUAGCGGCUCUUCUUCAACGAGUACUUCAUACGUUUAUCGGGUGGCAUCAGAGAGUCAAGCGGGGAAUACAGGUCAGCAGCCCCUUUCAAAUAAAGGAGGUCGCCAGAAACUACCUUCCACUGCAAAUACUGAUGCAGAUCCUAUCCCUCCUAAUUAUGGCAAAAAAAAGGUGAACUCGGUGUCUUCCGCUUAUAAUAGACAUAGCCAUAAACGACCACAAGCGAUUUUAUCGAAACCAGAUCUUUUUUACCACCAUACUAUGGAUAUUAAGUUGUGGUCGGAAUUGCGUGACACAACGUUAUAUUUUGUGACAAAGACUCAUAAUAUGUUUUUGAGAAAUAAUCGCCUGGAAUAUGAAAGGUCUCUUAACUUGGUCUCAGCGUUUUUGACAUAUACUCAAAUGGCGUGUCGCUUGAGCUAUGCUCAAAUAAAGGAGAAGCAACUUUUAAGGGAGGUGAAAAAGAUUCUCAAGAGGAUUAUAAACUCCCUGUCAACGAUAAGUAUAAAUUCAAGUGUUUAUUUUGGCUCCUUCCAUAGACCCUUCUCAUCUCUUAAUGAUACACCAAGACCCUCCGAAGCAUCUUUAAAAGAUGAAGAUCUUAAAAAAGGCACUACAAAUGAGGUUAGUGAGCCUCUAUACAAAAAUCCGAAUGUUACAGACACCGAUACCUUAGUCGGCGACAGUGCUACUUAUCCUCCAUAUGCGGGUUAUCAUGUCAAUCUUUCUGGCACAGACUCCUAUGCAGAAUCAAGCAGUCCUCAGCGUAAUAAUUCGGCGACUACCACCAGAACGUCGGUGCCUAGCAUUAGGGGCUCACCUCACGACAUACCGACCUCUAGCGCAAUAAUAAAGAACUUGUAUGAAAACUUGGAUAUCGAAUUUAAUCAUUUAAUUAAAGCGAUACAAACACUUUUUUUGCUGUUACAAACGUCUAUAAUCUCGAAUGAUUGGAUACCACAACUAUUCCCAAGAUUUUUCAAGGGAUCUUUUAAUGGUGGUUCGUGGUCAAAUCCUUUCAAUCAAAUUCAUCAAACACAUGAGAGCGUUUCGUCACAGGUAUCAUCCCCAUCAGGUCUUCCUUCCAAUGUCGCCGAGGCAAUUGCUGGUGUUUAUGGCUGUCCAUCGGUUGAUUGUGCAGAUACCUGUCGCGAUGCUAACUUAUUCCCUUCGACUUCUCGUGAAAAGAGUAUUCAAUCAUCUCAGAAGACAAACACCCUCUCAGGAUUUAAUAGACCCCUUCAUCAUCGUACUUUUUCGAGAUCAAAAGCAUCGCGGAACAUUCAGUAUCCAUUGAAUGAUAAUACUGCUAAUUUGAUGAAGAAGAGAUAUCAAUCCAUAUGCGAAAAGUUGGGAGCUAUCAAACUUUUUGAUGCAUCUGAUAACAACCACGGAACAAUUGUUUCGAAAAAGAAACAGCUGGAGAUCAUUUCGCAAACUUAUGAGGAGGUUAGUUCCUGCGUUCUUCUGGAAGUUUUAGAAAACUUAGAUUUAGGUAUUUUCGUAAGUCUGCGAACACUGAUUACCAGUAACAGAAAAUUGGAUCAUGAAAGCGAAGAAUUCCUGAGACAUGCCUUCUCAACAAUUUCUUCUAUACUUACGGAUUUUUUUGAUAUCAAACAACUCUUUCAUGAUAGUGUUGUAAAAUUUAUUAUGAGUGCACAGCAAAUCACUUUAGAUGAUCCUUAUGUAUUCUGUUCCAUGAGACCUAAAUUUCCAGUCGGAUAUUUCGAGCCAGGGUUAAAUCCUAUCUCCCAGUCGCAUACCAACAGGAUCGAUAAAAAUGUCAUGGAAUUUUACACCUCCUUAAUAUCGAAGGACGUUGAAUUCAAUGAUAUGACGUUCUUGAGGACAUCGGACGAGUUUAUUGAUUGCUGCGCGAAAUAUACUCAAAUGGCAUUUGUUUCAUGUGGAAUUGUAGAACAGUUGGUUGAAAGUAGAGAAAAUCUUUUGAACUAUGCAGCAAGAAUGAUGAAAAAUGAUCUCACUGCAGAAUUAUUGGAAGGGGAGCAACAGAAAUGGUUUGGAGAUUACGAAGUGUUUGAAAAUGAGGACGGUGAUGAAACUAUCGAGAGGGAUAGCGAAGAAACUGAUGAAUUCUCUGGAGUAGAAUGCACAGAUGAUUCUAGCGAUCCUUUGAAAGAUAAACCAUGGUUUCUCCAGUCAGAGUACUCCAAGAGUUUUAUAUUGGACCAGCGAGGCAGAAUUAAAGGUGGAACUAGUGAAGCUCUCAUUGAGCACUUAACUAGUCAUGAAGUCAUCGAUGCAUGGUUCAAUGUUAGUAUGCUCAUUACCUUUAGAAGUAUGUUUACCACGAGAGAGUUUCUCUAUGCUCUUGUAUAUCGCUACAACCUUUACCCACCGGAGGGGUUAAGUUACGAUGAGUACAAUCUUUGGAUUGAAAAGAAAUUGAAUCCAAUUCAAUGCCGUGUCAUUAACAUAAUGAAGUCUCUUUUCUCGCAGUACUGGACUCCAGCGUAUUAUGAACCAGGAAUUUCCUCUAUUCUGAACUUUGCUCAAAUUGCUGUCGGUGAGAAAAUUCCUGGUGCCGAAGAACUUUUUGAGGAAAUCAGUGACAACAUAGCUGCAAAGGGUGUAAGAAAAAGUACUGAUGGAAGCUCAUUCUUCCAUGAAGGUGGUACAGUUUCAGAUUUCAAUAUGAAUGCACUCUCAAGUUUUUCUUCUAUACAUUCUUCCUCCCCCAUUAUCAGACUUAAGAAAUUUAAAAUUUUGGAUAUAGACCCGCGAACAUAUGCUGCUCAAUUGACAUUAUUGGAGCAUUCACUGUAUAUACGCAUUCCUAUUUUUGAGUGCUUGGAUAGAGCUUGGGGUACAAAGUACUGUGACAUGGGGGGCUCUGCAAACAUUACAAAGUUUAUCAGUAGUGCAAACAACCUCACAAAUUAUGUUUCCUACGCAAUUGUUAAAGAAGUCGAAGUGAAAAAGCGGUCGGCCCUGAUCCAGUACUUCAUAACAGUAGCUCAGUACUGCCGUGAAUUGAAUAAUUUUUCGGCGAUGACUGCAAUUGUCUCAGCUUUGUGUUCGUCCCCAAUUUAUCGUCUGAAAAAGACGUGGUCGCAUGUUUCUGCAGAAUGCACCAGGAUUUUAAGAGAACUCAAUAGCUUGAUGGAUUCCAAAAAGAACUUUAUCAACUACAGAGAGCUGGUAAGGUCUGUGAUAGACGUCCCAUGCGUGCCAUUUUUCGGUGUAUAUCUCUCAGAUCUAACCUUUACGUUCGGAGGCAAUCCUGAUUUCUUGCAUAGAUCUUCCGAUAUCAUCAAUUUUGGCAAAAGGGCUCGUAUAGUGGAUAUCCUGGAAGAAAUAAUGAGCUUCAAGAGAAUUCACUACAAAUUUAAGCGUUAUGAUGAUAUUCAGUCAAUAAUUGAAAGUUCACUUGAGAAAGUACCACAUAUAGAGAAACAGUAUGAACUUUCUUUACUUAUCGAGCCAAGAACAGAUGAUCAAGGCCGCCCUUCAGCAGUUAAUCCUAUUAAAGGGAAUGUUUUUGAUCCCAAAGCAGCCAGUGAUGUUAGAAAUGGAAGACUGCUGAAGUUUGGCAAGAAAAAAUCAUCUUCAAGAUUAUUUUGA